GUUAAAUCCACCACACAGGGUGAAAUCUAUCUCUAUGACAACAUUUACACAACAGGAAAUUGAAUUCCUGCAAAAACAUGGAAAUGAAGUCUGUAAACAGAUUUGGCUAGGAUUAUUUGAUGAUAGAUCUUCAGCAAUUCCAGACUUCAGGGAUCCACAAAAAGUGAAAGAGUUUCUACAAGAAAAAUAUGAAAAGAAAAGAUGGUAUGUUCCACCAGAGCAAGCCAAAGUGGUGGCAUCAGUUCAUGCAUCUAUUUCAGGGUCCUCUGCCAGUAGCACAAGCAGCACACCUGAGGUCAAACCACUCAAAUCUCUUUUAGGAGAUUCUGCACCAGCACUGCACUUGAAUAAGGGCACGCCUAGUCAGUCCCCAGUUGUAGGUUGUUCUCAAGGGCAGCAGCAGGAAAGGAAGCAGUUUGACCUUUUGAGUGAUCUUGGCUCAGAUAUCUUUGCUGCUCCAGCUCCUCAAUCAACAGCUACAGCCAAUUUUGCUAAUUUUGCACAUUUCAACAGCCAUGCAGCUCAGAAUUCUGCAAAUGCAGAUUUUGCAAACUUUGAUGCAUUUGGACAGUCUAGUGGUUCGAGUAACUAUGGAGGUUUCCCCACAGCAAGUCACUCUUCUUUUCAACCCCAAACUACAGGUGGAAAUGCUGGAUCAGUAAAUGCUAAUUUUGCUCAUUUUGAUAACUUCCCCAAAUCCUCCAGUGCUGAUUUUGGAACCUUCAGUACUUCCCAGAGUCAUCAGACAGCAUCAGCUGUUAGUAAAGUUUCAACAAACAAAGCUGGCUUACAGACAGCAGACAAAUAUGCGGCACUUGCUAAUUUAGACAAUAUCUUCAGUGCUGGACAAGGUGGUGAUCAAGGAAGUGGCUUUGGAGCCACAGGAAAAGCUCCUGUUGGGUCUGUGGUUUCCGUUCCUGGUCAGCCAAGUACAGCCUCAGACAAGUAUGCAGCCCUGGCGGAACUGGACAGCGUUUUCAGUUCUGCAGCCACCUCCAGUCAUGCGUACACUUCUUCAAGUAAUGCUAGCAGCAGUGUUUUUGGAACAGUGCCAGUGGGUGCUUCUGCACAGACACAGCCUGCUUCUUCAAGUGUGCCUGCUCCAUUUGGGGCUACGCCUUCCACAAACCCAUUUGUUGCUGCUGCUGGUCCUUCUGUGGCAUCUUCUACAAAUCCAUUUCAGACCAAUGCCAGAGGAGCAACAGGCCUUUCUGGAGCAAUGCAUUCUCAAGUGUUUCCUCACGCUCAUUUUGCGGCAACCUUUGGCACUGCAUCUAUGAGCAUGCCUGCAGGGUUUGGUACUCCUGCUCCCUAUAGUCUUCCCACCAGCUUCAGUGGCAGUUUCCAGCAGCCUGCCUUCCCAGCUCAAGCAGCUUUCACUCAGCAGACAGCUUUUUCUCAACAGCCCAAUGGUUUUGCAGCAUUUGGACAAACAAAGCCAGUGGUAACUUCUUUUGGUCAAGUUGCAGCUGCUGGAGUAUCUAGUAAUCCUUUUAUGACUGGUGCACCAACAGGACAAUUUCCAACAGGAAGCUCAUCAACCAAUCCUUUCUUAUAGCCUUAUUAGACACUUUACUGGAACGAACUUUUAUGUGGUCACAUUACAUCUCUCCGCCUCUUGCACUGUUGUCUUGUUUCACUGAUCUUAGCUUUAAAUACAAGAGAAGUCUUUUGAAAACCUGCAUUAUGUAUUAAACACCAGGUAAUAUGUGCAAAACAGAGGGCUCCGGUAACAACUUUUAACCUGUGAAUUGGCAGAAGAGGUAGCGGUAUCAUGUAUAUUCAAAAUUGGCUAAUACUAAGUUAUUGCAGAUACCACGUUCAUUAUGCUGCAGUACUGUACAUAUUUUUCUUAGAAAUUAGCUAUUUGUGCAUAUCAGUAUUUGUAACUUUAACACAUCGUUAUGUGAGAAAUGUUACUGGGGAAAUAGAUCAGCCACUUUUAAGGUGCUGUCAUAUAUCUUGGAAUGAGUGACCUAAAAUCAUUUUAACCAUUGCUACUGGAAAGUUAAAAGUCAAUAUUGGAAGGUUUUAUUCAUCUUGAAUUUUUCCUUUCUAAAGAGCUCUUCUAUUUAUACAUGCCUAAAUUCUUUAAAAAUGUAGAGGGAUACCUGUCUGCAUAAUAAAACUGAUCAUGUUUUGCUACAGUUUGCAGGUGAAAAAAAUAAAUAUUAGAAAAUAUGCUAUUGUUUCUGUGUUCUUGCUGCAAUGCCUUUACCAAAGUGGCCUUAAGUCUGAGUAGUGAAUUGAGAACAUCCUGAAUUCUUAAAGACUUCUAGUGACUAACUUUUUAUAAAAAAGGCCAUGUAGAAAAAAUACUGAAACUACGAGGACUGCUCUGUUCAGGAUUGUGUCCGUGGUAAAGCAUUUAAAUGUAGCUUGUCAGAUUCACCAUUAAUACUUCUAAUUUCUUUGCAAUCCUUAAUUUUGUGAAAUUUGUAUAUAUGAAGAAUUUGCAUGUAUGUAUUUACGAAUUUUUUUAAUAUCUUGAAUUCUCAGACUGCAAAAGGCCUAUUUUAACUAUUGAUUUUUAAAUUUUAAUUGUCUUUGAAUGUAUUGGAAGCAGACAUGCAUUAACUGUGACAUGAUUGCACCUGAGUUGUUUUCUCCUUCCCCCCCUCACCUUUUCCUGAACAAACUGAUAUUAUCUGUAGGAUAUUGUUUAUGUUUGUUGUUUGGGGGAAAGAAACUGGAACUCAAUGUUACCUUAAAGUUAUGAAAUACUUUGUUUAAAAAGGCAGUGAUACUAAGUUUAGUUAUUUUUUGUUAAUAUUCUAGUGAAUUGUUUAAAUAUUUAUAUAUCAUAAUGCCUCGUUCAUCUAGAGAUAAUCUGGCGGUCUCAUUAAAAUGGGACACAACUAAGAAACUUGGAAUAUUUUUUUAAUGCCUCUGAGCAGCACAUAUAACUCGUAAAGUAUAUGUUAGAGCUUAUGCAUUGUUUUUAUGUGAAGUUUUAAAUUUUGACGGUUUGAUUUCUUGUUCUGUAGCCUGCUAGUGGUUGAGAAGUGAUAGCUUAAUUUAAAGAAGGAGACUGAAAGACUAUGAAGACAAACACUAUCCAAGACCAUGUAGAAUAAGGACACAGCCCAACCUACCAUACUGUACUAUAGUGUGUCAUCUUCUGGUAAUUGUCUAUUUUGAUGACUCUGUGUCAUCCAGGAAAGGUGAAAUUUCAUACACAAAUAUGUAAUACAUGUAUGAAAAGUUUUCUCUUAAGGUGAUUAAAAGUUUUUAAAAGCUUUAGCACUAAAACAGGUGAUUAUCAGUUUGCUCAUGUUAUUCAUGUUGACACCUUUAAUAAUGACUACAUGAGCUGUAGUUUUUUACAAUCUGUAUAGUUUGGGACUUGUUAAAGCCUUGCUCUCCACUGCACAUCCAGUUGAAAGUACAAUUUAUCUGAACUGUUGUAGUAAAGAAAAGAUGCUUUGAUGUUCUCCAUUCCUGUUCUGAACAGUAUGCAUCUUAGAAUUAAAUAAUUGCUGCACAGGUCUAGAUGUGUAUUGAUAUAGUCUUGAAAUGCUUCUAUAUUUUGGGGAGGCUCUGAAGCCCGUUUUUUUCACCGGGGGUGCAGGGUGUGUGUGGGGGGGGGUGGACUUAAGAAUUGUUUUUUAAUUUCUGUUUUAAAUUGUAUUGGGUCCAAAUUCAUUUAUAUGUACAAAGUUAUAUGCUAUAAUUGAAGGUCAUUACCCAAAUACCCUACCAGGUUUUUCCAUAUAAUGAGUGAAUUAAACAGUUGUUAUUCAAAUAAUUUUAAAGACUAUUUUUUUCUGGUAAAUUUUACAAUUUGUAUUUAAAUGGGAAACUUUUAUUGACUCUGAGUGCUUGUGAGUCAAGAUGUUUAGAUUCAGAAGAGAUCACCUUUAAAAUAGGUUUUCUCAGGAUCUGUGCUGUUUAUUGUUAUUUUUUAAUGAGCUUGUCAUAGACUUUUUAUAAUCACAAUGGCUUCUAGUUUUAUAUAAACCAUCAUUGUGUUAAGUACUGAAAAGAAAAUUCUUGAAAGUGACAAGUCUGAGGACCUUCAGAUUUCCUGGCAUACUGGUUGAAUCAUCCUUCCUGUUCCGUAUUUGUUCAGGAAAGAAAUUUAUCUUUUAGUGUGGGGAAUACUUGUUUGAUUUUAAAGGCAUAAUCCAUUCUUGUUUGCUAACAUAGAGUAGCUCCAUUUUUUGUAAAAAUAGAAGUUACCAAUUUCAUUUUUUAAAAAAACUUACAUCAAUUUGGAAAGGCAUUUUUAGUCUUUACUUGGGAGGACCCUGCGCCAAAACAUACCCUGUUUGGUAUAGUGCCUCAAAGUUGGCCAGGAAGGGUACACUGGCUGAUUGUGUAUCACCGCACCAUCGCUCUCAAACGUUCUGGUCUUAGAACAAUAGCUCUUGAAAACUACUGAAGAUCCCCAAAAAGCGUUUUUACUUUUAUUUUUAAUGAAACUUGUAUCUUUUUGGAAUUUAUUGCAUUAAAGGCCAAUACUGACAUA